AUGUACACAUCCCUGCCGAAAAGCGGCUCCCCCUUCGGCCCCGAGGCCACCCAGCCCGGCCUGCACGUGUGGCGGGUGGAGAAGCUGCGGCCCGUGGCCGUGCCCGAGGCCGCCGCCGGCGUCUUCUGCUCGGGGGACGCCUACCUGGUGCUGCACAACGGCCCCGAGGAGCGAGCCCACCUGCACCUCUGGAUGGGACGCGACUCGUCGCAGGACGAGCAGGGCGCCUGUGCCCUGCUCUCCACGCAGCUCAACGCGCUGCUGGGCGAGCGCCCCGUGCAGCACCGCGAGGUGCAGGGCAACGAGUCCGACACCUUCAUGGAGUACUUCCCCCGCGGYGUCCAGUACCAGGAGGGUGGCGUGGCCUCGGCAUUCCGGCCGGCGCGGCCGGCCCCUGCGUCGGGCGCCCGCCGCCGCCUCUACCAGGUGAAGGGCAGGAGGACCGUCCGGGCCAGCGAGCGGGACCUCAGCUGGGCCAGCUUCAACACGGGCGACUGCUUCAUCCUCGACCUGGGCCAGAGCAUCCUGGUGUGGUGCGGGGCCAAGGCCAACGCGCUGGAGCGCAACAAGGCGCAGGAUUUGGCCACCGCCAUCCGGGACGGCGAGCGGGGCGGCAAGGCGCGCGUGGAGGUGGUGGCUGACGGCGAGGAGCCCCCCGAGAUGCUCCAGGUGCUGGGUCCCAAACCAGCCUUGCAGGAGGGCAGCCCCGAGGAGGACGUCGCGGCCGACCAGAGGAACGCGGAGGCCGCCGUCCUCUACAAGGUGUCGGACGCCACGGGGCGCAUGGACCUGAGCCAGGUGGCCGCCAGCAGCCCCUUCAGCCAGUCCCUGCUCUGCCCCGACGACUGCUUCGUGCUGGACAACGGCGCCUGCGGCAAGAUCUACGUGUGGAAAGGGCGCAAGGCCAACGCGCAGGAGCGCCAGGCRGCCCUCGAGGUGGCCGAGAAGGUCAUCGCCCGCAUGGGCUACUCGCCCGCCACGCAGGUGGAGAUCCUGCCCCAGGGCCGCGAGAGCCCCCUCUUCAAGCAGUUCUUCAGCAGCUGGAAGUGA